AUGGAGUCGAUAAAAGAUACUGAAUCUAAAAAAACGUAUUCUAUAAAAAAUAACGCAGAAGUUAAACAAAAUGAACCACCAUUUAAUAAGUUUGCUAACAGCCAAUUUGUCACGAAUUUUAGCUCAUUGCAUGAUCCUUAUGAUCUUAAUCAUAUUCAUGGUCUUCGAAAGUAUUAUCAAAAAUUAUGUCUUUAAUAUUAUCAUUAAAAAUUUAUUUUGUUUUAUUUUUAUUUUAGUCGUUUGUUUAAAACAUUUAAUACAUUUGCUACUAUUUUAGAAAAUGCACUUUUGCCACCUGUUUUAAAAAGCACAAAAAAAUUACAAAUUAAAAUUAAAGAAUGCGAUCAACAAACAAAUAUAAACUAUAUACUCGAUUUCAAUUUAAUGGUAAAUAACAAAAAAAAAAUAAAGUUAUUUAAUUAUUAUUUUAUGACGACAGCACACUCAUAUUAGUAGUCUCUAUAUUCAAUGAGCAGUAUAGCAAAAUUUUACUACACCAAACUUUAAUUGAAGCAUUGAAGUUAACUUGAUAUGUAUCAAGCUGUUAUUAAAUAUGAAGAGUAUAACACUUCUGAAGACUUUGUAUAAGUUUAUUUGUUAAAUAAUAUCUAAAUUGUAUAACAUUGUACAUUUUUUGUACGAUACUAUUAAAAAUAAAAAAACUAACAAAUAACCUUAUAAAAUAUUACAUUAGGUAAAGCCUAAAGUUCUAAAACAGAUUUUAUUUUAAUAUAAUCAAUUUGAUAAUUUUGAUUUGUUAGUGGAGCAUCAUUUGUGUGAGGUCACGGCACGCAGCAUUUUAAUAAUAGCACCACUUCUCUCUCCCGACCCAAACAUAAAAGUGGAAUAUCUCUUCAAUGGAUUGACAGAAAUCAAAAUUUCAACAGCAAAAUUUAUUUAAACUAAUACUCCAUCUAUUUAUGGGAUUUUCAAUGUAGAUUGCCAUUUGAAAAUCAAAAGUAGUUGGUGGUUUUACUCUCAAAAAUAAGUAUCACAAAAAAUAACAUAGAUGUAAAAUUGUAGAGCUGCUUAUUUUUAAAAUGUUCUGUUUAACAAAUUUAAAAUUAAUGCUUUCCAAGACAAUGAGUGGUUUACGAUAAAUUGUUCACCCUGAAUACCAAAAAAAAAAAAACAUUUAAAGAAAAUGCAUAAACUUAUGAGUCCUUGAUUAUGAAUUAAUUGAAUUAUUGUUUAACGGAGACAAUUAUUUGUAUAAGUAGACUACAGAAUACAAUUUAAAUCUAUAAAUAAUGGAAUAUAAUGUAAUUGUAUUAUUUCUAUUAUAUAUGUCAUAUUAACUACAAAAUAUAUAUUUCAGCUCUCUGAAAUUAAAAACGAAUCAAAAAAUGAAAAUCUACAUUCUAAAAAGAAUAAAUCCAAUGCCAUGUUAAAAACAUCAUUUCAAAUAAAGGUCAUCCAAUGUUAUAAAUUAGCGAUUAAUGCCACUGAAGUAUUUAUGUAUGCAUUUAUUUGCAAAAUAAUCAUAUUCUAAUAUUUUAUUUCACUCUUAGCUAUGUUCAAAAACUUUGGAAGCCAAUAUUUACAACCCGAUUCAAAGUAAAAUGAAAAAUUUGAUACAAUUAAUAUCAACUUUAUCAUUUACUACCGGAAAAUAUAUAUAUGGUGUAUCAUUUAAAAAAAAGAAAAAAGAAAGUUUUGUAUGUUAUAGUUUUUUGUUAGUAUAGUCCAAAAUUUAAUUGAUAUUUAAUAAUAGGACUUAGUUGCACGUUGCAAGGAAUUAGUCAGAAUGUUGGACGAAUCUGGUUAUAAAGAAACCCAAGAUGAAGUCCACGAUAAUAGUGUAUUAAAUCAGAUUACUAAUAAAGCGUUAGCUAAACCUAAAACUCAAUUUUUGUUAUCGAAUCCUAAGCGUUUAAGCAUGUAUAGUCAUUCUAAACCAAAAUUGGGGUCAAUGUAUGCACAAAGAUGGUCAAAAAAAAACCAAGUACCUAAUUAUACAUUUGUAACUCUUUUUUAAAAUUAACCUUUAGAAAGUAAACAUAAUGUUGUAAAAAAAGUUUAUAUUAGUAUUAUAUAUAAGUAAAUAUAGUUAUUUACUACAUAGUGAACCAUAUUUUUGACAAAGUGUUAAUACUUUUAUAGUUUGGUUAAAUAUUUGUAAAUUCAUUAAAUCAUGAUUACGAGUAUACAAAAAUACACACAAAAAAAAUACUGAAAUUGACAACCUUUUAGUAUUAUAAAAAUUUGAGUUUUCAUGAUUUGGUGAAUUAUUAUAUAUUUAGUGUAAUAUAUAUUUAUAUAAUUCAAAUGCCAACAAUAAAAAGAAAAUACAUUUUAAUUUUAAUUUUUUUAUUGUACUUAUGAACAAACAUGUUAAAAUGAUAAUUUUAAAAAUUAUUCAUAUAAAUUUAAUAUUAAUCAAAAAAUUUAAUACAAAGCAAACAAAUAAAUCUUAAUUUCUAGCUAAAUAAUAUAUACUACAUUACCAUUUAGGAGAAUUUAAUAAUUUUAUCAUGUUAAAUAUACAGGAUGAUUCACUAAGCAAGCUUGCCUCAUGUUUUGGUUAAUUUUUGCAUACAUUCAAAUUCUGAUUUUUUGGAAUUCUUAGCCAAUAUUUUCGAAUACUUAGAUUUCUCAUAAAAUUUAAGGAAUAUCUUGUGUUGAUACCAACUUUGGUUUUUCAAAUUUGAACCUAUAUUAAAAAUUCCAUAAAUACAGUAUCACUUUAAAUAAAUGUUGGUCUUAAAAUUUUGAUUUCCGUCAACUGGUUGACGAUAUAUUUCACUUUUAAAUUAAAAAAAUUAUUGUUUGAAAAAUCAAAGUUAGUAUCACCACAGGACACUUCUUAAAUUUUAUGAAAAAUCUAAUUAUUCAAAAAUAUUGGCUUUAACUACACUUAAAAAUUCCAAAAAUCAAAAUUUGAAUACAUACAAAAUUCAACCAAAUAAAUGGGGUGAGCACACUUAGUGUAUCACUUUAUACAUAUGUAUUUCUUUUUAGGAUAUUGAUAAAAAUGACUGUAAUACUAAUAGUGAAAUAAAUGAAAAGCCAUUGUUAUUAAACUCUAUAGUAUCUGAAAAUCAUACAUUUGACAACAUAAAGACUGUAAUUCAAGAAUACCCCAUUGAAGAACACGAUAUAAAUGUAAUAAAGAAUAGGAAAAAAAAAUACUACACAAAUUCUAAAACCUAAUUUUAUUUUAGGAAACAAACAAAUCACUUUCUAUAGAGAAAAAAGGUAUCAAAGAUGAAAAGAUAGAAAAUUAUAUGUUUAUUAAUUAUACUGAUGAAGUAACUAAUUUUCAAACCUCAUCAAAACCAAAGUAAGUAUUAUGAUAUUAUGUACAUUGAAAUUACCAACUGCUUUUAUAUUUUAGAUAUUUUAUCGUAGGACAGCUUUUAACAUUUAAUUUGAUAUCUCUCUACAAAUCUCAAAUAAGUUUCCUUUUUUUCAUCAUUAGUAUUAUCAUUCAAUAGUAGGCGAGAUAAUCCGUCUGCAUUUCCAUUCAUUCCUCUUUUAACACAUUUAAUUUUAUAAAUAUAACCCGACAGUAUUACUGCGUACUUCUGUAACCUAUUUUCUGCCAUCCCUGUAAUUCUUUUUUUCCACCAAAUAUCAUUACUAGUGAUUUAUGAUCUGUCUUUAAUGUAAACGAAUUCAUGUACAUAUUUAUGAAAUUUCUUGAUUCCGAAUAUUAAAGCUAUUACUUCUUUAUCUAAUUUUAAAUGUUUUGUUAUUCAUUUACCCCCGACGUUCUAGACGCAAAUGCGAUUGAUUUCUCAUUAUCUUCUAGAAAUCCAUAUGAUAGAAUCGCCCCGAUAUCAUAUAAACUUGCAUCAUAUGCUAAUGUUAUUCCUAAAUUUGAAUCAAAGUGUACUAAUACUUUGCUAAAACUUUAUAUUGUCUUGAUUUCAUCAAACGCUUUGCCCUGUUCAUCACUCCAUCUCUAUAAAUUUCCUUAUUUGUAUAAUUUAUAUAAUGGAACUAGAAUAGUUGAUUGAUUUUUAAUAAAUUUACUACAAUAAUAAAAUUUGUUAAGAGGACCUUACGUGAUCUGCGUAGAACUCGCUUAAUAUUGGUUUUACUAUAAAAUUAAAAGAGGACAAUAUUUCGGAGAGCAAGAUGCAUUUUGUUUAAAUUCGUCCUUUAUUAUAUUACUGUCAUUUAAAAACGAUAAAUUAGGUUUUAUUCUUUCACGAUGUAUUGAACGUUAAAACCAGAAUAAUAAUUAGAAUAAUAUGAAAAACAUUUUACCCUCCGAAAUAUUAUACUUUUUAGUUUUUAUAAUUGCUUAGGUGCUUUUACUCUAAAACCAAAAUACUAAGCAAGAUCUACACAGACUGUGUAAGGUAGAUUUUGCCAUAUCACCCGUUAGUUGGAGUGAAACAGCACAUACAGGUAUAGCAUCUUCUUAAACCUAAAAUUAAUUUUAGUUGAGAUAUAUCCUUUGGAUAUGUGCCUCUAUAAUAACUUCAAUUUUAAUCUCUGAUAUGUAAAUACCCAUUUCAUCAAUUUUACGUCCUAAAGAUAUCGGUUCCUUUUUAAAUAAUUUACAUUUUUCUAAGACCUUAAUUAAUAUGGUUUAUACAAUAUACAGAGGAUUAUAAAUCUCUAUAAUCUCAAUUGCUAUUCAAAAUUAAACAAAUUAAUAAUAAUCAAAAUGUUAAGUUACUUAAUUAAAAAAUGGUAUGCAAAUCUAUUCCACUAGUAGUCUUACUAUUUUUCAUCUUAUACAUCUUUCAUCAGUAUACUCUGAUGUGUCCAUAUUGUUAGCAAUUAAAACAUUAGCUAAUUGUUUUCGUUUUGUAUGGCUUUUUUUUUUUUUUACAGUGCCGUAGUGAUAAAAAUUGCAAAAUGUAUUUAGAUUUAAGUGUUAGCCCGAGAUCGACAAAGAAUAACGGAAAGGGGUUUUCAUUAACUGUGUGUAGUACAUUAGUGACUUGCCUUACCUCAUAAAGCCGAACUUCUAACUCAUCUUUUAUUAGAUGUAGAGGUAUGAAUGGGUAAAGAUUACGUAUAAUCCGUAUAAUCCGUAUAAUUACGUAUAAUUAUCCGGAGUGGUUUAUCCUCUUUUAUCUGGUAUGUGUAGUACUCAGCUUUUUCGGUUUUGAGAAACUGUACUAAUACUCUGUAUGCACUAGAGCCCGUGGUUUGUAUUUUCAGUAAGUUAAUUGUAGACUUGCAUAAGAAAUUGUCAACAUCUAUUAGCUCAAUUCAAGCCGGAAAUAGUGCAGGAAAAUCUUCGGCACCUUUGAAAAUAUAGGAGAAGGGGUUUUUGAUGAUUACAUUUUCAGCAUCAGACUGCUUAGAGUUGAUUAUUAUAUUUUCAGUAGUAGAAAGGUUUUCACGUAAAUCAUCUUGGGCAAGCAGAUCCAACCUAUUACGUGUAACAAACUAUUUUUUUCUAUUUUUUUUUUUUUUAAUCGGAUUUGGAGAUGGCGGUUUGAAAGGUGAAUUUGAGAAAUUGAAGUGAUGACGUUUAUUUAUUUGUUUUAACCAACCAGUGUUUGAAGUACUUGUAUUUGUGCCAAUUAUUGUUGAGUUGUCGUGAUUAUGUUGAUUGGAAUUACGGACGGGCUUAUAAUGAGAUAGGUAAUUAAGCUUUAUCGAAGUUUCGUGUAGACCUUCGACAGGUCGAAGACCACACGCGAUGCACGUAGUAAUUAAAAACAAUGCCUGUAUUUAAAGCACGAACAGUUUAUUAUAAUUGACUUAUUCAAUUUUUAUAAGUAAAUACAAUUGACACUAGUGAAUUACAGUUAAAACUGGGAAUGACAAAAAAAAGGACUGACUUACUUCGCACGAGGGUGCAGCCACUGUUAUAGAUGGGAAGUUGUGAAGAUAGGAUACAGACGGAAAUUGAAUGUACAUCUGUAAGCAACGAAAAACAAUUCUGAGCGAAGUUCAGUUUAUAGUGUUGCUCUCUCAACAAUAUAAUUAUAAUUAUUAGAAUUAUGUGCAUUUCUGUGACAACCAUGAUUAUUUAAAAAAUAUUAAAAUAAUAAAAACUUUAUAAUAACAAAAAGUAAAUAUAAACGGUUGCCAAUGAUAACCUUAUUUUUAAUCUUUUAGAAAAGAUGCUAUAAUUGAUAAUCGGAAUAGCUUUCUGGUGGAAAGUGCUCACAUAAAAAAAAUAAACAUCAUUUUAAAACCAAUACUCCACUCAGAAUCUAAAAAAGAAAUAAAAAACAAAAUACGUAAAAAAAACAGAAUCAAAUUCCAUCGUUAUGCUAUAUUAUGGGAAAUUAAUUGUGCGUGUGAAGCGCGUGCUUGUCAGACGACUUACACCGCAUAAUUGAUAAUUCAUACUAAUGUCUUUGUACCAAAUUUUAUAAUUUGUUUUGUUGAUAAUAUUAAAUUUUUCAUCAGAUAUAAUUAUACUUUUUAGUUUUAAAUUCUGAAUGUAGGGAAGAAGCUUAUGAUUUUACAAAGAUUUUUAUUUUAUUUUUUAUCUGUGCGAAAUUUUUCUAUUAGAAGACUUGCUCUGAUUUUUACGUGUAGCAACUUUUCUAAAAUGAAAUAGGUGUGGAUAAGUACUUUAAAGUUAAGAUAAGAUGAAGAUAGUUCCGUUUUGCCAGCAAUGCCACUAUCGAAUUUUAAUACCAAACCUCAGUAUUAUGUACUUUUUUUUGUACAAUUUUGUACAACUCCCUAAACACGAGAAAAAUCGAUUUUGCUAUGUGCGUGCUGUAUAUUUUAGCAAAACAGAUUAUUUAUUUAGAAUAAAAAUAAAACAAAAAAAGUUGAUACUGGGGACAGAAGUGCUCCUGUUGUAGAUGUUGGGAAGAAUCAUGAAGUUAUACAAUUUGUGAUUGUAAGCAUUGAUGCUUAUCAAUGCGUACAAAAACUAUUGCUAACGAAAAACGAUUCGGAGCAAAGUUCAAUAAGACAUAUUUUGAAAAGAGAUUUUUGAAUAAAAUGUAGACAAAUAAUUAAAGACAAAAUUAUCAUUUGAUAAAAUGUUACUAUGAACAGUUUGAACAUUAUUAUGUUAACGUUAAGCCGAACUGGUAUUAUUAUUAGGAUUUGGAUUGAUAGUAUUAUUUUUGGAGACUAUAAAACGGAGGACUGGAAGUUUGACACUAAAGUACAGAUAAUAUUAUCUAAUUUUUACUCCAAUUAAAUAAGUUGUUUCAGCAAAAUAUCCAUUAGCUAUUCACUAAAAGCAAUCUGCCAAAAUAUCUUUCGCCGAAUAUUGCCAAGACGUCCUCGAUCCCGUAAUAAUACAGUGGUCUUAUAUACUACAAUAAUCAUGAAAAAACCUUUUUGUGUUAUAUUUCCAUAUUUUGUUAAUAACAAUAAUUAAUACUUACCUAAUAUAAUAAUUUUAAUUGAUUAACUAAUUUAUUUAAGUACAUAGUUUAAUAAUUUCAAAUUAUUGUUUCAGAUUAAACAAAUUAAAAACACCUAACAAUGUUAAACUGUUCAUUGUUAAAGAAAAUAUUUGGAGAAAUUUUUUCAUAAAAAGUAAGCACUGAUAAAUCUAAAUAAGAAAAUAUUGAAAUACCGGGCUUGCGUAGUGGGUAGGAGGGAGAAAGGGUAGUGGAAUUGGGAAUAGGUUUCAGCGUUGAAAAACUGUAUACUGUAAUCAGUUUUUUGACGAAACAAAAAAAAAACGCUAAAUAAAAAGCCUAGAACUAUGUAUGAUGAAUUUCAUAGUAGCCAAGAUUUGGUUAAUUUUUAGACUACUCUUUUAGACAUUUUGUUAAAUUUUGACUGAAAUGAUGGAUGUAUUGUUUUAUUAUGGUAUAUGAUAAAAUUGUUUGUUUUUCUCUAUGUGAACAAUUUUUUGACCAAAAAUAAUCAUAUAACUAUAGUAACUUCAAGCAUUAUUUGGUGUCGUUUGGGAGGUCUUUUUUUUAUUUUCCUUGUACUAUUGUUAAUAAUAAAGGGAAACCAGGGGAGGAGGCAGGGAUAUUUAUACAAUAACAAACUGGUGUCAAUUUAGGAUUUGUAACUUUAUAACUUAAUGAAAAAUAAUUGUAAAGACAAUUGUAGGGACAUUUUUAGUAUUCACUGAAUACUUAUAUCAACACUUUCUAGUCACUGUACAAUUUUCAAAAUAUUUUGGCAUUUUUGAAUAUGUAUGUGUAAAGAAGAAUAUAUUGGUUUUACAAAGAUCUUUAUAUUUUUUUAUGUGAACACUUUCUACCAAAAUGCUUACUUCAAUAUAUAUGAUGUAGACCUUUUUCUGUAAAAAAAUUGUCUUGGGGUGAUACUUUAAGGAAGUCAUUUUUAAAUUUUCCCAGGAGUUUUCUUAACAAAUGUAAAAACCGAAAAAUAAACUGACAAAAACGAGAAAAACUUAGGAAAACCAGAAAAUCAAUACAUUCAAAAAAUAUUAUUAAAGAAAACAUAUAAUAACUAUUUAAUUAUUUUACUAUAGUAUGACAUAUUUAUUGUUGACAAAGCAACACUAUCAACUUCGCUCAAAAUUGUUUUUUCCGUUAGCAAUGGUUUAUUGUUGCUUACAGAUAUACUAUUUCCUUCUGUAUUCUACCUUCCCAACUUCCCAUCUACAACAGUGGCUGCACCCAAGUGGGAAGUAUGUCAUUCCCUUUUAGUAUUUAACUUUGCUUUAAUUGCUGUGCUAAUUUUAAUUGUUUAAAAAAUAAGGGUGGUAUUUAUAAAGAAAAUAUUUUAUUAUAAAACUGUAACUGUGUAAAUAAUAAAACAAUUUAAUUUAAAUUUUAAAAAUUAAUAAACUUUAUAAGGUAUUAAAACAUUUUUUUUAUUAAAAAAAUUUAUAUUUUUAAGAUAUAUGUCUGUCUCAAAAUGGAUGUCUUCGUUUAAAUAUAAAUCUAGAAGAAGUUCAAAUCCAUCUUUUACAUAAAAGACAAUUCAAGCAAAUGUCUUUAACAACUGUAUCUCAAGUGGAUACCAUAUCCAAGUAA